GUUGCUAGCAACCAUGGCCCAAGGGAUCGCCGGCUUUGUGCCUGGGGUCACGAGAGCACUCGACCGAGGCCUUGGUUGUGCUCCACCGGUCCCCGCAUUUCGAGCAUCCUUACGUUUAAGAAACUUCGGCCCUUCUCCAUCUUUUUUUGACGUUGUCGAACCUGGGUGGAGACAAGCCAUCUUCACCUCUCCUCGGCCCUCAAACGCCUUUUAAGCAUUGAGCUUCCCGACUGCUCCGUGGUACUGCAAUUGCACUCUGCGCAGUGACAGCCGCCGCUAUCCACCAUGGGCAACAAGCAGGAUAUCUCCCCGGUCCACACUACCCAGUCCGCCCACGAUGAGGCCCACGAAACCGCGGGGAACAAGGCCGCUCACGAGGUCAUUGCCAAUGCUCGCGCCGCCACCGACAAGGAGCACUCUAUGUCACUGCUGCAGGGCAUCAAGCUGUACCCCAAGGCAGUUGCUUGGAGCAUGCUCAUCUCCACCUGCAUCGCCAUGGAGGGCUACGACGUGUGCCUCAUCUCCAACUUCUACGCCUUCCCCCAAUUCAGGAAAAAAUACGGCAAGCAGCUUUCUGAUGGCUCCUACCAAAUUACUGCCCCCUGGCAGGCUGGCUUGAGCAAUGGUGCGAAUGUGGGCGAGAUCAUAGGAUUGUUCAUCAACGGUUGGGCGAGCGAGCGCUUCGGGUACCGGUACACGGUCAUGACCUGUCUGACCCUCAUCAUCGCCUUUACGGCCAUCUUCUUCACCGCCCAGAACGUCGAAACGCUGCAGGUCGCCGAGAUUCUCUGCGGUAUCCCAUGGGGCGUCUUCCAGACCCUCACCAUCACCUAUGCGUCCGAAGUGUGCCCAGUCGCCCUUCGCGGCUUUCUUACCACCUAUGUCAACUUCUGCUGGGGACUCGGCCAGGUCAUCGGCAUUGGUGUCAUCAAGAGCAUGCUUCCCCGCAAUGACCAAUGGAGUUAUCGUAUUCCAUACGCCUUACAAUGGAUGUGGCCCGUCCCUCUCCUCAUCGGCAUCUUCCUCGCCCCGGAAUCUCCCUGGUGGCUUGUCCGCAAGAACCGCACCGAUGAUGCCAAACGCUCACUGCUACGAUUAACUUCCUUGAACCGCGAGACUGACUUCGACGCCGAAGAGACCGUCGCUAUGAUGGUGCACACGACGGCCCUCGAGGAGAAAAUCACCGCCGGCGCCUCUUAUCUCGACUGCUUCCGCGGCACCGACCUGCGACGCACCGAAAUCGUCUGCAUGGUCUGGGCAAUCCAGAAUCUCUGCGGCAACUCCUUCUCGGGUUACAGUACCUACUUCCUUGAGCAGGCUGGUCUGGACACCUCGACCGCGUACGACUUUGCACUCGGCCAGUACGGAAUCAACAUGGCCGGCGUCUUCGGCGCCUGGUUUCUUAUGUCCCUCGGUAUCGGCCGCAGGACGCUCUAUCUCUACGGCCUUUGCGGACUCUGCACCAUGCUCUUCAUCCUCGGCUUUCUAGGCCUCGUCCCACACGCGCACCGUAAAGAAGCCAGUCUCGCCACCGGCAGCAUCAUGUUGGUCUGGGCUCUCUUCUACCAGCUUACCGUCGGUACCGUCUGCUACUCCCUUGUCGCUGAACUUUCAACGCGCCGUCUGCAGAUCAAGACCGUCGUCCUCGGCCGCAAUCUCUACAACAUCGUCGGCAUCAUCUGCUCGGUUCUGACCCCUUAUAUGCUCAACCCCACCGAGUGGAAUUGGAGCAACUACGCCGGCUUUUUCUGGGGCGGAAUCUGCUUUCUGUGCAUUAUUUACACGUAUUUCAGAAUCCCGGAGCCGCGAGGGAGAACUUUCGCGGAGCUAGAUGUGCUAUUUGAGAAGGGUGUUAGUGCGAGGAAAUUUGCGAGUACGACGGUUGAUGUGUUUGAAGAGGAUGUUGGGAGGGGCGGACUGAUCACGGAGUAUGAGGGGAAGUUGGAGGGGACGCUGCAUGAGGAGAUGGUUAGGAGGGGCGAGGAAGUAUGAUGGUUGAGAUGGUUGUUAUGAUUAUUACUAGUUUUGGGGCAUUGUACAUAGUGGGAGGUUUCUUUGGUUAGUGAGCAUAGCAUAGCGUCAGCAAUCAAUAUAAAAAUUCCUA